GAUUUACCAGAAAUUACUAUUUUCUGGUUAUUAUUACAGCAUCAGUGGGUGUGGACCACGCCUUUUGUGGGACACAUAUAAAAAUUGAUUCUUAUUUCGAUCAAAUCACACUCGAAAUCAAAAUCUCAAGUGAACAACAUGGCAUUCAAAUUCGUCGUAUUUUCCACCCUUUUGGCUUUGGCUAAAGCCGGCGUCCCAGCCCUUUCUUACGCUGCCGCCCCCGCCAUUUCCUACGCCGCCGCCCCCGCUGUUUCCUACGCUGCCGCUCCUGCUGUUUCCUACGCCGCUCCCAUCGCCAAAGCCGUCGCUCCCGUGGCUUACGCCGCCCCAAUUGCUAAAGCCGUAGUGGCUGAAUCCUAUGCCCCAGUCCAUUACGACUUCGCUUACGGUGUCAACGACCCGCACACUGGUGACAGCAAGAGCCAACACGAAUCCCGCCGUGGAGAUGUUGUCCAAGGUGCUUACUCUCUGGUCGAUCCUGAUGGUACCAAACGUACCGUCGAAUACACCGCUGACCCCCACAACGGUUUCAAUGCCAUCGUUCACAAGGAACCUUUAGCUGUCAAAGCUGUGGCUCCUGCUGUAGCCCCAGUAGCUUACGCCGCCCCUGUAGCUAAAGUUGCUGCUCCCGCUAUUGCUACCUACGCCGCCCCAGCAGUCCACACUUAUGCUGCCCCUGCUGUCCACACUUAUGCUGCCCCUGCUGUCCACACUUAUGCUGCCCCUGCUGUCCACACUUAUGCUGCUCCAGCCAUUCACAGCUACGCCGCACCAGCUAUCCACAAUUAUGCUGCCCCAGCUGUCCAUAGCUAUGCUGCCCCAGCUAUUCACAGUUACGCUGCCCCUACUAUCCACAGCUACGCUGCCCCAGCUGUAGGUUUAGGAUACGCCGGUGGAUACGGCUACAGCGCUGGAUUGGGAUAUUCCAAAGCUCUUCUUGGUUAAAUAGAUGUUUUAAAUAGUCAUUGAUACCUCAGUUUUUGGAGGAAAAUUUUAUAAUAUUUUCUUAUAAUAAAAAAUAGAAAAUAA